AUGAAACUUUUAAGUUGGAACGUCUUCGAGAUUGGCAACCCGAAAACGGAACUAGCUCUCCGUGACCUUUGCUGGAAGGAGAGGCCAAAUAUCGUCUUUUUGAUGGAGACGAAGUCAAAUAGCAGUUGCUUGAUUAAGUUGCAAAAACGAUGUGGGUUCGGCAAUGGUGUUUAUGUGGAUAGUAAUGAGAGAACGGGGGGACUUUGCCUUUGGUGGAGAGAAUGCAGUGUGGAAUUGGUGUCUAAAUCCGAGCACCACAUUGAAGCUAAUGUAUGCAAUAGCAAUGGUGUGGCGCUGUGGAGGGCGAUGGGUAUUUAUGGAUGGCCGGAAGUGGAAAAUAAAUGUAAGACAUGGGAUUUGAUGAGAACUCUGAAGAAAAAUUGCACAAUUCCUUAUAUUAUGUAUGGUGAUUUCAAUGAAAUCCUCUAUCAAACAGAGAAGGAUGGGGGUCCAGCUAGGAGGGAAUGUGCUAUGGAAGCUUUUAGAAGUGCGAUUUCUGAUUGCGGGCUGCAUGAUCUAGGAUACAAGGGCAGUGUAUUUACUUGGCAAAGGGGAAGGAGUAUUGAAACCUUGGUUAGGGAAAGGCUGGAUAGGUUUUUGGGGGACAAUGAAUGGUGUGUGAAAUUUCCCCAGUUCAGUGUGCGACACUUAGUUAGAGUAGCUUCGGAUCACUCACCCAUCAUGCUUGACACCAUAAAUUACUUUGACAGAGGGAAAACUGUGAAACUAUUUCGGUUUGAAGCCUUAUGGCUUUCUAAGGAGGAAUGUAGUAAGGUGGUAAAGGAGGCGUGGACUGAUAAAAUUGGGGUAGCUCCUCAUGACAGUAUAGCUGGGUAUGCUGAUAGUCUAAGUAGGUGGGCUAGGAAGGCCUUCGGUGAUAUAAAAAAGAAGAUAAGAGAUAAGGAGAAGGACUUGAAGGAUGUGCAAGAAGGGCGGGUUGAUGCGAGAAUGCUGAAGAGGUGUGAGACGUUAGCUGGGGAAAUUCAUGAACUCAGGAGAAUGGAGUAG